AUUCUUCGUCAAAACAAUCACAGUCAAGCUGUGCAUAUACCAAAGAGAUAAAGAGAACUUUAGAAAAUAAAAAUGAUGAAAAUCCUGACGAAUUGUCUUCCAAUCAAAGUGAUUGUUGUUCCAUUCAUUCAAAAGAAUCAUGUCGAAACAAAGGAAUGAAGCUGAGUUAUUCCAACAAAGGCUUCACAGAUGAUAAAGACAGUCUAUCUAAUGACACUGAUCUAACAGUUGAUGCUUCCGCAGUGGCACCUCGCACCCUGCCACCAGAAGUAGACAAAGAAAGAAAUAGUAAUCAUCCGGAAGAAGCUGGAUUUGAUGGCAUGGAAAGACGUGGUGAUGGACCUGUGAACUCUUUGGGACAGGAAAGAGAAGGUAUGCAAAGUCAAAGAACUUCAAUCGAGAAAGAUUCAGUUGACACAGAACGAGACGUCAUAGAACCUGCUGCCUCGUCUGAUAGUAUGACUGCUGGAAUAGAUUCAAAUAGAACAGAAGAGAAUCAUCAUUUCACGAUCUGGUAUGAAAUGUUUGACUUCCUGCAGUGCAACAUGCGAUUUCAAGAUUUCAAAAUUUUCGCUAGAAGGCUUGCUUCUAACACAAAUAAAGAGUUUUACAAGACAAUUGACGCGAAAAUAGAAAACUCUGGAGAAGGAAAUGUACCUCCGAAUGAAAGAAUGUACCAAAUAUUGACAAGCUGGCGACAGGCCACCCCAAACGCUCGGUUAAAAGAUGUGAUAGACGCAAUGAAACAUUACAACCAUAACGCUUUAUGUGCUGACCUUAUAGAUAAGUUAAAAGAUAAACAUCUGUUGGACGCUGAUGAUGAUUUGCUUGAUACAGAGAUUGCACAAAUUUGAAAUGACAAUUCACUUUAUCCAGGAAAUGAUCUGUCGGUUCAAGAUGCAGACACUGGCAUAAAAGAAAAUGACCUAGCUCAAGGUGGACAUCCCGAAAUGGAAGAUCUAAAAUCUUUCAAGUGUGAAGAUGAUGAUGCUGGGUGUAUAAGUUAACGAAUGACAUAUAAAUAUAAUUUUACAAAAAAUAUAGACAAUUCAUUUCCAAGACAAUGACUAAGAUAUCGUCACAUAAGUGCGGUAACGGGUUUACUCCUUCAAUUAUUCAUAGGAGUUAACCUAUUAUUGUACCAAGAUGACGAUAUAUUACAUGAUAUUUUGGCUUGCAGUUACCACUAAACUGAGCCUGGACUGAUUUCAAUUUAGUCGUGUUGGGCUUUCUUUAGAGAUUCUGUGUAUCUCAAUUGUAUUAUAAAAAUAUAUAUAUAGGUGCAAAAAAUGACUUUGGUAAAUUAUUUUACAAGAGGCAUUGCCUGAAUAACAGUUUAACCAUAAACCCUGAAGUUUUAAAUAAACUUGUUCAGUUUCCAUUUUUGACCAGUCUCAAUGCUCAAUUUUGAAGAUAUCGAGAUGAAAAUCUGAAAUUAGAAAGACACAAAUUAAAGGGGCCAGACCCGAUGUCACAAUGUGAGUCUUUAGUGCUAACUAUCCGUUCAAACAGGGUAAUGGUUAAACAACUAUGAAAGGCUUAUAUAAAUCCAUUACGUAACUUGGGCAUACUUGUUUUCAAACAAUUUAAAAAAACUGUACAUUAUCUAUCAAAUUGUUUUGUAGUUAUUGCAAUAAAAUGUAUAAAAUUAUUACAAUGGAUAUGAGUAUUACUUUAUCUUUCAUUGUAAAUUUAGUAAUGUCACUUUCCUUUAUUUAUAUACCUUUUUUAUAAUUAUAUAUAUAUCAAAUCAGUUACAUAUAUACAUGUAUAUAUCAAAUCGUUGCUGCGUAUAUUACGAACAUGUGCUAUUAUAUAAAUAACAAAUGGCUGUCGGGAUGAAAGAGGAUAUUGUCAAGCCGAGAACUGGUAUAAUACCCCGAUGCGCCAAUUUAGUGGCAAUUGUCUUUUCAGACGACUUUUUUUGGGUGUAAGGGAGAUAACACCUACAUACCUCCAAUUUGCCACCAUAUUGGCGCAUCGGGGUAUUAUACCAGUUCUUCGGGUGACAAUAUCCUCUAUCUACUCGACAGUCAUGUGUUAUUUAUAUGAUAUCAUACCUCAAUAUAUCCUUCAAUGUAAAACAAUAAUAUGAAUUUAUAUUGCCAUUACAUAUACAUGUAACAAUAUUGCGGUUAGAUGUAUAAAUAUUGCCAUAAUAUGUAUCAAAAUUGCCAUAAUAUGUAUAUAUAUAUAUAUAUUGCCAUUGUAUAUAACAAUAUUGAGGUUAGAUGUAUUAAUAUUGCCAUUAUAUCUGUUCAUUUUACCAUUGUAUGUAUCAGAAUUGCCAUUAUAUGUAUUAAUAAUUGCCAUAAUUUGUAUUAAUAUUGUCAUUACCUGCAUUAAUAUUGGCAUUGUAUGUAUUAAUAUUGCCGUUAAAUGUAUCAAGAUUGCCAUUAUAUGUUUUAAUGUUGUCAUUAUAUGUAUCAGUACUGACAUUAUAUGUAAUAUUUCGAUGCAUAUGUUCUCUAUCCCAGAAGAAACAACAGUUUGUUUUAAAUGCAUGCAAUGUAAAGCAACAAUACACUAGAUCUCAGUGUAAAUCGUAUUUUCCUAAUAAGUUUUGGUAUUAUUUGAUAAAACAGUUAUAUGUUAAUUUUAAUUUCAUAUUGUUAUUAUUGUUUGAAGAGAUGUAUACAUGUAGCUAGUUCAAUAUAUUUUUUUUUCAUAAAUGAUUUAUGUUAUUUUCCAUAAGUUUUAAUUUUACACAUUUAAAAAUGUUUCUGUAAAUUAUAUUUUAGGUUACCAUAUAUAAAUGAGACUUUAUAUAAAUAAAUUGUAAUCUAUGUAUUUUAAUCUCAUUCUAUUGCAGCUUAAAUAUUUAUCGUU